AUGCCUCCAAUAACAAAACGAGUAAAGGCCGCCCGUCACAAUGGAUGUGGAGAUUGUCCGAGUGCAAACAGAGUAAAAGAGCUGUCAUCUGAAGUGGCAGCUCUAAAAACUGAAAUUAAAGCAUUAAAAUCUGAAAAUGAAGAGCUGAAAUCAGAUAAAAGACAACAAGAAGAGUUGAAUAAUCGAUUUCCCGAGUUGCUGGCAGUUUGGAGAACUCGUUACGAGGAGGCGAUGGACAAACAUUUGAAUAAAGUAUUGAUGCGUGGCGGUGACGUGUUCAUUCCGAUGGGUGUGCAUUUACGAGAGAUGAAAACAAUUGAAACGUGGAAACGGAAACAUAGUGAAGAGCAGACAUUGAGGAAAAGACUGGAAGGAUUCAUUGAGAAGUUUAAGAAGAAUAAUAAUGAGUUGAGAAGAGACUACGAGACACAGGAGAAGGCGCUCAAAAAGGCACAGAAAAUGGUGGAGAUGCUGAUGCCGGAUAAGUGGAAGGCAUCGGAUGAGAGUGGCGAAAAAGUGGAUGAUAAUAUUCAAGAUACUGAAGAUUUUGAAGAAGAAUUAAUAACGAAAAGAGAAGACACCCCGUCAACCACUAUGGAAGGUCUGGAAAUGAUACCAAAACGAGAAGACACUCCUUCAACCACUAUGGAAGCGCUGGAAAUGAUACCAAAACGAGAAGACACGCCGUCGUUAAUAGCUCCGAAUGAUCUGGAAAUGAUACCAAAACGAGAAGAACAAGCCAUAGAAAAAGGAAUUAAUGUGAAAGAAGAAGAACCUGAAGAAUGGUACCAACCGUCUGUAAAAAUGGAAGUGGAAGAUUUCGAUUUUACACAGAAUCCAGCAGAAGCCUCCACGUCAUCAUCAUCCAAUUUAAAUUCACAUUUUCCAUGA